GAGGUCACGUGGGGCCUUAAAGGGCCCCGGGAACGGGGAGCGCACGUGGCCCCCAAAACCGGGGACCCCCCAAAACCGGGGAAACCCCCCCCUAAAACCGGGCACCCCCAAACCUCCUCGGGAUCCCCCCCAGCUCCUCGGGAGCCGCCCCGACGCGCUGGGGGCGGCGGGAGCGGGGCGGGCCCGGAGCGUUGCCGGUGUUCCAUGGCAAAGCCCCGGCCCGGCCGGGACCGGGGCUGAGCGGGGACAGGGAGCCGGAUUCCUCCGGCCGGCGGGAAGUUGACGCACCGGCCUAAGAAUAGCUCGGGCAGGGGAAGCGCGGACAGUGUUGUCGCCCAAGCUGCUGAUGAAAUCGCAGCCGGGAGCGUUGGAGUCUUUGGACCUUCCCAUGCUCGGGACCUUUGACUCAUAAAAGGCUCCUGCAAAAAGCGUCGGGAGCAGAAGAGGAGAAGAGCAGGGAAGGAGGAGCUGCUGGAAGGAGCAGGGCCCGUCCCGGAGCGGGGGCAGCUGCGGGCGGACAGAGAAAGUCGCUGCAUGUGGAGUUUUCGGACAAGAUGCUCUCCCUGAAGAAAUACUUCACGGAAGGGCUGAUCCAGUUCACCAUCCUGCUGAGCCUGAUCGGCGUGCGCGUGGACGUGGACAGCUACCUGAGCUCGCAGCUGCCGCCGCUGCGCGAGAUCAUCCUGGGCCCCAGCUCUGCCUACGCGCAGACCCAGUUCCACCACCUGCAGAACACCCUGCACGGAUAUGGCAUCCACCCCAAGAGCGUCGAGCUGGACUCCUACUUCACCGCCCGCCGCCUGCUCAGCCAGGUGAGGGCUCUGGACAGGCUGCAGGUGCCCAGCACCGAGGUCAGUGCCUGGCUGGUGCACCGGGAGCCCGAGGGCGCGCAGCCCCCGCUGCAGGACGGCGGCGGCGGCGGCGAGAGGGAGAGCGGAGCCGAGCAGGGCUUUGGGGAGGAGCUGGAGGAUCUGGGAGCGGUGGCGGCGCCCGUCAAUGGAGAUCUCACCAAGGAGGACAUCGAUUUGAUUGACAUCCUGUGGAGACAGGAUAUUGAUCUCGGCGCUGGGCGAGAGAUUUUUGACUACAGCCACCGUCAGAAAGAGAGCGAAGUGGACAAAGAGCUGAGCGAUGGGAGGGAGCGCGGGGACAGCUGGAGGAGUGCAGGGAAUGAGGUCUUGGAUAGAAUCCCGCUAGUUGAUGGAGAGACCGGGGAGAGUUUCCCUGCGCAGGUGCCCGGAGCGGAGGAUCAGACAGCCCUGUCCCUGGAGGAGUGCCUUAGGCUGCUGGAGGCCACCUUCCCCUUCGGGGACAAUUCCGAGGUGCCAGCCCUGACUCCCUGGCGUGCUCAGUUCCCAGCUGCGGAUGUCUCCGCCCUGAGCGAAGCCGUGCCCGGGCAGAGCCGGGCCCCGGGUGGCCCCCCCAGCCUGCUGUCCCCUCUGCUGGCCGAGACCGAGUCGCCCUUUGACCUGGAGCAGCAGUGGCAGGACCUGAUGUCCAUCAUGGAGAUGCAGGCCAUGGAGGUGAACAGCACGAGCGCCGAGAGCCUCUACGGCGGCACCGGCGGGGACCUCCUGGCGUCCAACUACAGCCUGGCCCCCGGCACGCCCAUCAACCAGAACGUCAGCCUGCAUCAGGCCUCGCUGGGCAGCUGCUCCCAGGACUUCUCCCUCUUCAGCUCGGACAUCGAGAGCCCCUCCAUGGCGGGCGGCUCGGCCCUGCUGCAGCUGGCGCCCGACAACUCCACCGGCCUCAACAGCACCUUCGGCUCCACCAACCUGAGCGGGAUCUUCUUCCCGCCCCAGAUGAACGGCACGGCCAAUGAGACGGCCGGGCCCGAGCUGCCCGACCCCCUGGGAGGGCUGCUGGACGAGGCCAUGCUGGAUGAGAUCAGCCUGAUGGACUUGGCCAUCGAGGAGGGCUUCAACCCCGUGCAGGCCUCGCAGCUGGAAGAGGAGUUCGAUUCCGACUCAGGUCUUUCCCUGGACUCCGGCCACAGCCCCGCGUCCCUGAGCAGCUCCGAAGCCUCGUCCUCAUCGUCCUCUUCCUCUUCGUCCUCCUCCUCCUCCUCGUUUUCCGAGGAAGGCGCCGUGGGCUACAGCUCGGACUCGGAGAACGUGGACUUUGAGGAAGCGGAAGGGGCGGUUGGCUACCAGCCAGAGUACAGCAAGUUCUGCCGCAUGAGCUUCCAGGACCCGGCGCAGCUCCAUUACCUGCCUUACCUGGAGCACGUUGGCCACAACCACACCUACAACAUGGCCCCGGGCGCCCUGGACCCCGAGGAGCCCAAAGCGCCCGGCGCCGGCAAGAAGAGCGGCAAGGAGAAACCGUCCGAGCUGCUGGACAAGCAGCUGAGCCGCGACGAGCACCGCGCCAGGGCCAUGAAGAUCCCCUUCACCAACGACAAGAUCAUCAACCUGCCCGUGGAGGAGUUCAACGAGCUCCUGUCCAAGUACCAGCUGAGCGAGGCCCAGCUCAGCCUCAUCCGCGACAUCCGCCGGCGCGGCAAGAACAAGAUGGCCGCCCAGAACUGCCGCAAGAGGAAGCUGGACACCAUCCUCAACCUGGAGCGCGACGUGGAGGAGCUGCAGCGCGACAAGUCCAAACUGCUCAGGGAGAAGGUGGAGUUCCUCAAGUCCAUCCGGCAGAUGAAGCAGAAGGUGCAGAGCCUGUACCAGGAGGUGUUCGGGCGGCUGCGGGACGAGCAGGGCCGGCCCUACUCGCCCAGCCGGUACGCGCUGCAGUACGGCAGCGACGGCAGCGUGCUGCUGAUCCCGCGCGCGCCCGCGCCCGCCGAGCCGCAGCCGCGGCGCCAGGAGCGCAAGCAGAAGGACAGGAGGAAGUGAAGGCGGCGGCGGAAGGGAGAGCUGGGACGAGGGCCGAGCCUGGAAGUGCUUGCGGAGGGAACUUUGAUGCCUUCUUAUCCGAUUCUGUCUUCUGGAGCCGCACGCGGCGCCGGCGGCGCGCCGGGGACUCUGCGGGAGCGGCCGGCCCCGAGGGGGGGACGGAGCCCAGCCCAAGCCCAGCUGCCACCGGCCACCCCCGGGGUGCUGGGAGAGCAGGGACGAGCUGGCAUCGCUGCUGGGGAGGUUGGCACGAGGUGGAUAAAACAAAAAAACACAAAAAAAAAAAAAUCCCACAAAAAAACAAACUACUGUUAGGAACUGGCUUUAAGUAAGAGAAAAAAAACAAAAACGAGAAAAAAAAAGAGAUUUAAGCGAAUGGACUUCGAACCAAGUUAUAGGAGAGACGUUUUUCUGAACUUCCAAAGUUCUGUGAUUUCAGGUAGUUGGUUGUUUUCAAUUUUUUUUUCCCUUGGUUUUUUUUUUUGGUUCUUUUUUUGUUUUUUUUCCCUUUUUUCCUUUCAUCCCGACCCCGUUUUUGCCAUCGGUGUGUGUGAGAUAUUCCAGAUUUCUCCUUCCUCGAUGGAGAUCAGACCAGGGCACACGUGGAGAGACACAAAAAGUGGCGUGACUUCCAUUAACCCUUUCCAGCCCGAGGAAGAGCAGAGCCAGGGCGUGACUCCCGUUAACCCUUUCCUGCCUGAGGAAGCUCAGAGCCAGGGGAAGGGCAGGAGAUCAUUGGGAGGAAGGACGGCGAGGGGGAUCCCUCGGGGGGCUGGAGGAGCAGCAGGAUCCCCUCCUGAGCCCUCAGCCCCCGCCUGCUUCUCCUGGGAAGGAAUUUUGGGUCAGGAACAGCACAAGGGGAGCGCUGGGACCCCGACCCCAACCUCAGCCCCGGCCUUGGGGUGUCACCUCGAGCAUCCAACAGCUGUGGGUCCCCGUCCCAGUACCACGCUUGGGUUUUCUGGGGGUUCCAGCCUUGAUUUUUUUCCUCCCCCUUUUAGGGUCUAGAAGUGCUUGUGUUGAGUAAAAAACAAACAAACAAAAAAUAACAAAACCUAAAAAAAAAAUUACAAAAAAAAAAAGAAAAAAAAGCCAAAAAAAAAAAAAGGGAGAAGCCCAACCAUUGAAAGCUGCUCAAUGUUCUCUUUGCCAUAAAGAUUCCGUGUAACCGUGUGAUCACAUUAUAGGAUUCUCUUCUGUCCCUAGAGGUGUUGGUCUGACUUCCUUUGUUUUUCAGGAGGGGGGUGGGGGUAGUGCCUUGAUCACUGUCAGGUCUCCACACCUCGGAGACCAUCCUAGAGCUGUAUUUCCAUAUAGCACAGCUGGGAGUGUUCUGACUUUACCAGCAACCAGAAAAAAAAAAAUAGAAAUGAUAAAAAAAAAAAAAAGGAAAAAAAAAGCUUAAAAAAAGAAAUAAAAUCAAUAAAAUUCAAAUAACGGCUUUUCCGAGCCAGUCCUGUGCACGGGAUCCGAGGAGGGUCCCAGGGUGGUCCUUCCACCUGGGAGAGCAGCAGGGAAGGCCCGCUGGCAAGAUGUGUGUGGGUUUGUGGGAAUGUUUUCCAGGUUUUUUUGGGAAUGCUUGGAGCUGGGAUUGGCCGGCUGGGAGCCUCGAGCCCCCGCGGCCCCCGGGAAUGAAGCACAAGUUGGGAUGUGGGGAGGUUGCAAUGGAGAGAGAGCCCUGUGCGUGUGGCUUAAAUUAUUUCUUUUUGUUUCCUCUUAGAAACUUUGUUUGAUUUGAAUGAUCUGUGACCUGUCAGGGAGAGAAGAGAGAUUGUUGUGAGCACAGGACAAAAAAAUAAAAACGGCUUAUUCACUGUA